UAAGGGAAAAGGUGAGAACGGGACAUAUGAGAUAAACUACCGUAACUAGAAAUUCGAUUAACCUUUCUUCUCUCUCUCUCUCUCUCUCUCUCUCUCGCCGGAAAAACCACUCGGAGUUCACCACCGCUCGCCGGAAAAUCAACAAACUUAUCCAGGUUUUAUUAGCUUCACAUGGAAUCAUCUGCUGAAGAGUAUGCUGCAUUUGAAGAUAAAGUUAAAAGGACAGCGUACUUUGACAACUUGUCACCGCAGGUUACCGAGUCGGUGAUUAGAACUGCUCUUGAUCAGUUCGCUGUUGUGAGAAGUGUGAAGUUUAUCCCCAACUACAUGGGACCAACCAUUCUGCCACAGUGUGCAUUGGUGGAAUUGGAUUCUGCCAAGAAGGUGAAGGAAGUGAUAGCAAUGAUCAAGCAGUAUCCCUUCAUGAUGUCUGGGAUGCCACGGCCUGUAAGAGCUCGUCCUGCGGUAAUGGAAAUGUUUGAUGACCGGCCGAUAAAGCCCAGUAGAAAGAUUAAGUGUUGCUGGCUGGACCAAACGGAUCCUUAUUUUGAGGUGGCUAUGGAAUUGAAAUUACUUACACGGAAACACUCUGCCGAGAUAACAAAAAUGCAUGAAUUGCUACUAAAAGAAGAAGAGAAGCUAGCAACCCAGCAGUUCGAAACUCUUAAAGUGCAUUACAAAAAGUUUAAGAUGAUAGAGGGCAUUAUGACAGACAAAACUGCCCAUACUUUGGCAAGAAAGUAUAAUCUGGCUGUUGCAGAUGAGUGAAGGAUUCAUUUGGAUUAACUAUUUUAUGUAAAUAGCUUUUUCUUUCUGAUUAGGAUAAACUAACUUGCAAUUUUGCACCAUGACCCUGCUACUGCUGCUAAAGAAAUUCCAUUUAUACAUGGUAUAUAGUAUUCAAUUUGAUCCUUGACUAA